CAACAUUUUCACAUAUUCUCCUACCCACUUCAUUUGCGAUUCCUCAAGAAAAUACACUACAAACGAAAAAAAAAGCGAGAGAUAGAUUCCGAGAGAAAGAAAAGGAUUAAAGUUGAAGGUGGAAGGAUUUUUCGCGUAAAAGUUUGUGUUCAAGUAUCAUAAUGACCAGCAUUAUGGGCACGGAGCAUGACAAGUAUCACACAAUUAAUUUCGAAGAGACGGAGUUACGUUUAGGGUUGCCCGGAGGCAAGGGAAACGAUGGUGAAACAAUCAAAUAUAACGGCAAACGAGGGUUUUCGGAGACAGUUGAUCUGAAGCUUAAUCUAUCGGCAAAGGAGGCCGAAUCCGAGGAGCCGGAGAAGAUGAAGGAGAAGAGCUCUAUUGCACCUCGUUCUACUGACCCUGCAAAGCCACCUGAAAAGGCACAAGUGGUGGGAUGGCCACCAGUCAGGUCCUUCCGGAAGAACAUCAUGGCUGUCCAAAAAGCCAGUUCCGAGGAGGAAGGCGACAGCAAAAAGGCUGGAAACAUUACAGCCACCGCAGUCGCGGCAUUUGUUAAGGUCAGCAUGGAUGGUGCACCUUAUCUACGCAAGGUACACUUGAAACUUUACAAGAGUUACCAAGAACUCUCCGAUGCAUUGAGCAAAAUGUUCAGCUCCUUCACUAUUGAUAACUAUAGAUCACAAGGAAUGAAAGACUUUAUGAAUGAAAGCAAAUUAAUAGACCUUUUGAAUGGUUCUGAGUAUGUUCCUACUUAUGAAGACAAAGAUGGAGAUUGGAUGCUCGUUGGAGAUGUCCCAUGGGAGAUGUUCGUUAAUUCUUGUAAACGUUUGCGAAUUAUGAAAGGAUCUGAGGCGAUCGGACUUGCACCAAAAGCAGUAGAGAAGUGCAAGAACAGAUGCUGAAGUGGUUCAACAACAACAAUCUCAAUCAAAAUCAAUCCGUAUGCCCAACCGGCUUAAUCGAGAUCAAGCAAGAAGAAAAAAAGAUCAAAAAAAUAUUAUGAGAAAUGUAAUUUGGUGAUUUUAAAGUAGAAAUAUCAAAUGU